AGUCAAAGUCAACCAUCGACGGUCGCGAGUCGCGUCCACGUAGUCGAUAACGAUCCACAGCACGGUUCCAGGUUCCAGGGUUUAAGGGUUCCGCGGACUCAACGGGAGACGGAGUGCCAGCAUCCAACAUCCAUUAGCCUCACUUCGUAAAUCAUGUUUGCAGUGGCCUUGACGGUGGCGGCCUUGGUUUUGGCCGGCCAGCAGGAGGUCUGCCGGGCGCAGGUCUCCAUCCACACGGACGCCAACACGAAUUCGUACAGCCUGAAGACACCCGGACUGCAGCAGACCUUCACCCGGUAUUACGGAGGAGCGGCCAAGACGACGCAGCCCCAGAACCAGCAGGUGGAGCAGGAGCAGGAGCAGGUGCAGGAACAGCUGCAAAAUCCCGCCCACUUCGGCGUCUUCUCGCCGUCGGGACAGCAGUAUCCGGCCGCCUAUGCGCAACCAGGACUCCGGGGCGGUGGCAAGCUCAAGGCCACGCCCGUCUCCCUUCUGCAGCAGCAGCAGCAGCAGCUCCUGGCGCAGCAGCAGCAGCAACUCCUGGCCGCCACGACGCCGCAGGGAGCGGUAGCGGGAGCUGGGCCAGGAUCGGGAUCGGGAUCGGGAUCGGGGGUGGGCGUGGGCGGUGUGGGGGGCGUGGGCAACAUACCCAGCUACGCGGACCAGAUGCACGCCGCCUUCCUGGACUACCAGCGCCAGCGGGCGGAGUUCGAGCAGCAACAGCAGCAGUUGCUGCAGAAGCUCUACCACCACUAUCCGGAUGUCUCCGCCUCCCUGGCUCCCGGCCAGAUCCAGUCGCAGUCCCAGCCCCAUGCACCCCCAUCCGAUGAAGGAGCAGCCGGAGUCCUGGGCGGAGUGGGCGUGGCACCGCAGACGGCAGCCGGCCGCUUCGUCUACCGUCGGCCGCAGUUCAGCAGCAAUGGCCUGCAGCCCGGCGGUCCGGGAUUCUCGGGAGGAUCGGGAGGAUCUCCUCCGGCAUUGGCUGUGCCCCAGCGCACUGUGGCUGGCGGCGGGGCCGGCGACUUCUACUCCACGCAGCAGCACAUGGGCUUCAUGCAACAGCAGCAGCAGGACAUCCUCCGUGACCAGCAGCAGUCGGUGGCCCAGCAGUUUGCCACCAGCCAGCUGGCGCCCACCACACGGCAGAGCUACGGCAUGGCCGUGCCCAUGUCCUCCGUGCUGGGCUCCCCCUCCUACCAGCAGUCCCCGGACGUCUCCCACGUCAGCUUCUCGAGCGGCAACCUCAACUACAGCUUCUAGUCGGAGCUGGGUGGUCCCAUCCCUCAUUCCUCAUUCCUCAUCCCCCCAUCCCCGGUGACUCAUAUAACUAGUAUUUACAUAUGUUUUGGAGCUCUUAAGUUUUUUUUUUUCAUAUUUUUUUUGCGUAAAUUUUCGUGGUAUUUGAUAAGAGGAAUUGUGUAGGGCAAGCAAGAAUAAAUUUUGUAAGUGACGAUA